CGUCUAAGAGAUUUUGUGCACAAACCCUUCUAGUGUCAUAAAUGCAAAAAAUAAUUGGUCACGUGUCAAGUGUAUGCAGACCGGAAUAAUAUCGUGUGCCAACUGAGGUUAUGCUGCAACUGUAAGUGGCGAACAUGCGCCUUCAUUUCCCGGAUUGUCCAGUUAGGGGGAAGGAGACAGAGGUGGCAAGAGUGAGGGAUGUCCAGUGUGUCUCCUAUCUGGAGGCGGUGAGAAGAGUGGAAGGGGCGAGUGGCGUUGAAUUUCAUACAUUACAUUUAAGUCAUUUAGCAGACGCUCUUAUCCAGAGCGACUUACAAAUUGGAGACGCCAUGGUAAUAGAGCCUUGCGCCAGUGAAUGUUUCUCGGCAACCAAGGAAUCCGGAUAUAUUGCACGUGAAAAAAAAGUUGGUCUUUGUUGCAUUUAGUGCCUCGUCAUAAACUACGCAGCACGUAACAAAGAAGAAAUCAGAGAAUAUUUUAGUAAUUGUUUAGUGCAUACAGGACGCUCUUUUGUGACUGAGUUUACAGCCGAGGCCUUGCAAGAAAUCCUUUCUCAGAAUGUUCUGUCCUCACAGGCCACUGAGCCGUAGUCAGGAUGUGACUUGAGUUGGACCUUGACAGACGGAGUAGGAUAGGUUUUUAAUGUUUAUUUCCAACAAUUGAGUUGUUUUCCUUCUUCUAUUGUUUACCACUUGUACAGGAGGUGGCGGCGGCAUGCACCCAACACUUGUUUGCGGACCGCAAAAAUACCGUAGAAGAAGAACAACAAUGCCAGUCAAAGCGGAAGUUGCUACCUUGCAAGAUAGUAGCUGAAACGUUCGUGCUUGGAGCCAGCUAUAAAUAUAUCCUAUUUUUAAUCUCCGAAAUGCAACAGCCACAGGACAACUUUGUUUGAAAGUCCUAAAGGAUCCUUAGCCAAAACUGAUGAGAUAAAGCUGGCUAGCUACUUCAUUUUCCACGUGGGAAAAAAGGGAGGACAGGGACUUGCUAGCUACGUUAGCUUGCUAGCUAGCUGUCUUUACUACAAGGGAUUUGGACAACAUGAGUGGAGAGAAGGAAACAUUGCUGGAAGAAAUCGAACAGAGUUUACACCCUCUAACGGAGGAUAAUUUACGACACCUGUGUGAACGCUGUGGAAUAGAUGGCUCCCAAGUUAAAGGAAAGAACCAUCGCUCGUUGCGACGUAAAAUCAUGGAGGAAAUGUGGGAAAAUGCAGAUUCAGUCAAAUCGGAGGAGCAGGGAAUAUCUUGGUUACUCCGACUGAAAGAUGACAUCAGAAAAAUACAGGAAGAAUCUAGCGUGGCGCCCAUGAGUCCCAGCCAGUCUGAUGAUGAUGAUGAUGAUGAUGGAGCUACAAACUGCGACGAAGAAUGGAACGUGGAGGACAAUGAUGGAGAUUCAGAUUCGAUGUCAUCAAGUAGGAACAAUGGGGACAACCCUAAUGGUCGCUCGCUCAGUGGGAGAGCCUUAUCAUCUGGGAAGGCUCCAGGGUUGAAAGUGAUCCAGCGACCUUACAGCUGUGAUGUAUGUGAGAAAAGUUUCCCACAUUUAGGAGACCUAAAAAGACACCAGAGAAUACACACAGGAGAGAAACCAUAUGGCUGUGAUCAAUGUGGGAAGAGUUUUCGUCAGCCAGGGCAACUGACGAAACACAAGCUAACACACACUGGAGAGAAAUCUUAUCGCUGUGAUCAAUGUGGGAAGAGUUUUGCUCGAGCUGAUACCAGGACUGAACACAAGCGAACACACACAGGAAGGAAAUCUUAUGUCUGUGAUCAAUGUGGGAAGGGUUUCACUACCUUAGGAGCACUGACUAUACACCAGAGAAUACACACAGGAGAGAAACCAUAUGUCUGCGCUGUAUGUGAAAAGAGUUUUCGUCAGUCAGGACAACUGACUAUACACAAGCGAACACACACGGGAGAGAAACCAUAUAACUGUGAUCAAUGUGAGAAGAGUUUUGCCGAAGCUGGUUCCCUGACUGAACACAGACGGACGCAUACAGGAGAGAAACCAUAUGUCUGUGAUCAAUGUGGGAAGAGUUUCACUACCUUAGGAACACUGACUAUACACCAGAGAAUUCACACAGGAGAGAAACCUUUUGUUUGUGCUCUAUGUGGAAAGAGUUUCCGUCAAACGGUACAACUGACAAGGCACAAGAGAACACACGCGGGAGAGAAAUCUUACAGAAGCUUUGAUCAAUGAGGGGAUUCAAUCAUCUCGCCUGGGUU